AUGGCCGCCGACCUUCCUCACGCCUCGGCGCCCUUCAUCAUCUUCUCCGACUUUGACGGCACCAUCACCACCAGGGACUCGAACGACACGGCGACCGACGAGCUCGGCUUUGGUGUCGCUCGCCGCCGCGAGCUCAACGUCGAGAUCCUCAAUGGCCAAAAGAGCUUCCGCGACGCGUUCGCCGAGAUGCUCGCGAGCGUGUACGACGCCGGCCACAAGUUUGACGCCGUCAAGGACUACCUCGUCAAGCACAUCACGCUCGACACGGGCUUCAAGGCGUGCUUCGACUGGUGCAAGACCAACAACGUCCCGCUCGUCAUCGUCUCGUCGGGCAUGAAGCCCAUCAUCGAGGCCAUCCUCGCCAACCUGAUCGGCGCCGACGAUGCAGCCAAGAUCGACAUCAUCGCCAACGACGUCGACAUUGCGGCCGACGGCAGCUGGAAGAUCGUGUACCGCCACCCGGAGAGCCACUUCGGUCACGACAAGAGCCGCGCGACGGCACCCUACCGCGACCUCGCCCACAAGCCGACCUUGUUCUUCUGCGGCGACGGCGUGUCGGACCUGUCGGCCGCCAAGGCGUCCGACCUGCUCUUUGUCAAGGUCAUCGAGGGCCACACGAACGACCUGGCGGUGCACUGCGACCGGGAGAAGAUCCCCUACGUCGCGUUCAGCAACUUUGAGCAGGUUAGGGACGUCGUUGCGCGCGUCGUCGACGGCAAGGCGACGAUUGAGCAGGAGCUCGCCGCCGGCAAGCAGUAG